UUUUGAAGCAACCUCUUUGUUGAUAAAAGAAGCACAGGAUGUUCCGAUCUGACAGAGAAGUAUUUGAGGUUUUAGCUCGUUGAAACAAGCGUCAUUUUGUAAUAGUAGUGGUUCAAUCUUACUUCAUACUCAUGGACUUAGAUGUGACAUUUUAAAGCACAGACACGUUCAAAUGAAGGGUGCCACAAGUGAUACGGAAGACCACCCCAGACUUCGGUUCAAUCGUCUGCUAGAAAAAACUGAAUCUCUUGGGUUAACAGGAUCAGAUUUGGAAUCUCUUCCAUCUCUUAAACGCCUAAAAAUAAACUAUGACAGUAACAGAAAUUUGCUUAUGUAUGUGAGUUUUUUCAUUAUAAAAACAGUGAUCUUUGCAACAAUUAUCUUUGGAUUUGUAUGGACCUUCAACUGGCCCAUUCUGAAUGAACAAAUUGCAUCAAAAUUAUUAUCCAUUCAAGGCGUGUCUUCUAAAUAUUUUGGAAGAGAAGAAUGUGUGGUGGAUAUGCCCCAUGAUUUACAAAAAAUAUUUCGACCUCCAGUGUCAUGUGAGUUUUGUCAAAAUGUUACACACAUACCAAGGGUGACUGGUAUAAGACAAGAAGAUUUUGAGAGCAAAUAUGCAUACUCUGGUCAUCCAGUAGUAAUUGCAGAUGCCACGAAACAAUGGACAGCUAUGGAUGUGUAUAAUUUUAAAUUUUUUAAAGAUAUUCAUGAAAAUGUGUCGGGAUCAGGAACUAAUGUGAAGGGAACAGACUGCCAAUUUUUCCCAUACAAAACAAACUUUAAAGCACUUGCAGAUGUAUUUAAAAUGACACUAGACAUGGCCUACAUGAGAGAUGGUUCAAAACCAUGGUACAUAGGAUGGAAAAAUUGUGAUUUCACCAUUGGGAGUAUUUUACGACGUCAUUAUAGUCGACCAUAUUUUCUGCCAGUAUUAGCUGAAUCCAGCAAAACAGAUUGGAUAUUUAUGGGAAGUCCCGGCUAUGGUGCCAAUUUACAUAUUGAUAAUGUUGGUAAUCCUUCAUGGCAGGCUCAAAUAACUGGACAUAAACGUUGGAUAUUGGAACCCCCACCAGAAUGUUAUUAUACAUGUACAUCUCAUAUGGAAGUUGUAGUUCAACCAGGAGAAAUAAUGGUUCUGGAUGCUAAUAUGUGGUAUCAUCAAACAUUAAUAGAAGGUGAUGAAAUUGCCAUUGCCAUUGGUUCUGAAUAUGACUGAAAAAAUUCAUGUAUUUUAUCCGCUGACUGGUUUAUUUGAACUGUGUGAUCUCAUUAUUAAUAAUAUGAAAAUUUUCUGGCUGUAAACAUUGUUUUCUGUUACAUGAAUAUUUAUUUAUUUUCUGAACGUUAAUUGGCUUUACUAAAGAAAAAUAUAAUGUACUAAAAUAAACAAGAUACUGUACAUUAUUGAUA